AUGUCAACUCCACAGCAGAAUCCAAAUGCGCCGCCGUCGUCGCCGUAUACGUCUCCCUUCAGCUACAAUCCGACCCCAGAGCCGUACAGCCCGCAUGACGCCUUGGGGCCUUGGGCGGGGGCGAGGAUGGGGGUUUACUCGCCACACUAUCCCUUUCCCCAACCCCCGAAUAGUCCGUUCAACAGUCCUGCAGCUAGGUCUGUCAUGAUGGCCGAGAGCGCACGGCUACAGGGCAUGAGUGUCUACCCUCAGGGACAUUAUCCCUUCCCCAACAACAAUCCAGUGAUGAUGUCAGUAUCCCCAUCAAGGGUGGUAUACAGACAACCAGGGGAGCUCAUGUCUUUCCCGGUUAACCCGGAGGGCCCGGGCCAAGGAUUUAGGCAGCGCGGGGAACUCGUGUUUGUCGGCUAUCAAAGGCAGAGCCCGGUUGUGUCCCCACGACCGAGCGCCGUGUUCGUCGGAUAUAACUCGCCCGUGGGCGUCCGUGGGUUUUUCCGAGGCCCGUUGACUCCUGUCUCCACCGUGGGCAGUCCAGGACCGCGUCGCCCUGCCACCAAUCCCCCGGCCACCAAUUCCCCGACUCACACCAGAGCCAUAUCGGGGAGAGUAGCCAAGCGGUCACGGAAGAGGCCCGCCAAGGAGGUGGAAUUCUACAAGAUGAAGCGCCCGACGAACAAAUGCGAUGCAUGCCACAAACAAGAUGCCCAAGACGUAUGGCGCUGCAGGCCCUGUGCGUAUCAGGAAUGCGCCCAAUGCACGCUGACAAGGGGUUCCGGUCGAUCCCAUGUUGACCAAGGCCAGCUGCAUUUCUCCUCCAAUAAAGCGGACAAGCAGCUAGACAACGUGGACACUGAUACCGCCGCAGAAGCUGAGCAGCGAGAACCAGAGCCAGAGCCAAACCCAAAACCAGAGCCAACCCCAGAGCCAACCCCAGAGCCAACCCCAGAGGCAAGCUCUGAGCCUAAGUCAGAGCCAAAGCCACAGCCAAAGCCACAGCCAAAGCCACAGCCAAAGCCACAGCCAAAGCCACAGCCAAAGCCAGAGGCACAAUCCCAGAUGACAACCAAGGCCAAGCCCAGGCGUCUCAUGAGACGCAAAGGAACUCCAGCAGCAGCAGUUGUCGACAGCGCCGCUGUGCCGGAUGAUACCUCCAGCCCGGCAGUCGGCAACAGGAGAGAUUCCUCCGACCAGUCCAUCAAGAUGCACUCGCCCCGGCCGGAAAUGGUCAUGGUAAAUCAGACACCCAACGAACAAAACUUCCGAUACCUUUGA